AGAACUAUGGUCUUCCUGAAAUUGAUGGUGUUCUCUGUGGCGAUCAUGCUCGCUUCAAGCAAGAAGGGGGGCUCCGCAGUUUCUAUCGAGGAGUUACGUGAACUGUUGGUGUCCUCUUUGCAGACGACUAUAUCUUUAACAGCUCUAGUCGAACAGCAGACAAAGAGGAUCAGUGAAAUUACAAACUUCGUAGACGAAGCAAAAGAAGAGAUCAAGGACUUGAAAAGUAAGAUUGAAAGUCUGGGGCAGACAAACGAAGAACAAACAGGGAUCGAGGAGAAAUUAGUGAAGGAAAUUGAAGCAUUGAAAGAAACAUGUGCCGAGGAAACAAAAGCCAGAAAGAAUGACGUGAUGGUGGUAAGCGGAGAGGAGGAUCUGAGGGAGGAGAGCUGUGCGAAAGUGUGUGCUGGAACCUCAGUCAGGGGAGCAACCAACUGGGUGGAUUACAGCUCGAGCGGAAUCUACACAGACGUUGACAUCAGCAAGUGUGGGUUCGUGACAAUUCCAACUGUGACUUCCUCUCUUGAGGGCACCACCUCUCAUUGGACUACGACAGGGAGCUCGGAGAUUUACAGCGUGACUACCGGCACUUUUAGGAUCUACCUGAUGGCUGCACAUGGCAGAGGCGGUGGUGCGAAUAGAUUGGGUUGGAAUGUGGAGUGGAUCGCGGUGGGUUAUACCUGCUGAAGUUUCUACUGGAUCCAAAUGCAUGAGACUUUAUUUGAUUGUUAAACUUAAAGUUUUUACAUUAAAGAAAAGAAUGGUAAUAAAAAACUUUUAAUCGGCUGAUAAAUAUUAAAC